UGGAGCUCAACUCUGGAGGACUGAACCUCAACCAGAGCCAGAGGAGAGCUGUUUGAGGGUCUGAGCCGCUGUUUCUUUCCCGCGCAAAGUAAAGUAAAAGCACGCGCAGUGAGACACGCAGCAGCAGGAGCUGGAGGACAGACCCGGACACUUCUGAGCGCGAGACAGAGGGAGCUGAGAGAGAGGGAUGGAGGGAGGAUGUGAGAGAGGGAGAGAGAGAGAGCGAGAGAGAGGACUGCGCGCGCACCGGUGAAGCUCGUGUGAAAAACGCAGGGAGAUCCCGAGACCAUAAAGGAAACCCAGACGGAAAAGUGAAGUCAUUCAUCCGGGAUGUAGAGGCAGGAAUGAGGAGGAGCGUCUGAUCAACCACCUGUUUAAAGAGCGCGGCUACAACAAAGAGCUGCGACCGGUGCAGAACAAAGAUGAGACCGUGACCAUUUAUCUGGCACUGACCCUCUCCAACCUCAUCUCUCUAAAUGAAGUUGAUGAGACACUACUGACCAAUGUGUGGAUGGACCAUGGCUGGACUGACUACAGGCUUGAAUGGAAUUCCUCAGAGUUUGAUGAUAUUGACGUCCUCCGCCUCCCACCUAGUAUGGUGUGGCUUCCAGAGAUAGUUUUGGAGAAUAACAAUGAUGCUCAGUUCCAGGUGGCCUACUACUGUAACGUGUUGGUGUAUCCCAGUGGAUUUGUGUACUGGUUGCCUCCAGCUAUCUUCCGCAGCUCUUGCUCCAUCAAUGUCCACUACUUCCCUUUCGACUGGCAGAACUGCACCCUGAAGUUCAGCUCUUUAACUUACAAUGCUAAGGAGAUUAGCUUACAUUUGAAAGAAGAAGAGGAAGAACCAGGAAAGAACUACAAGGUGGAAUGGAUCAUCAUUGACCCUGAAGGAUUUACAGAAAACGGAGAGUGGGAGAUCAUUCACAGACCUGCCAGAAGGAACACCUAUAAGAGCAUCCCUAUGGACAGCAACAAGCAUCAGGACAUCACCUUCUACCUCAUCAUCAAGCGCAAGCCUCUGUUCUACAUCGUCAACAUCAUCAUCCCCUGUGUGCUCAUUUCCUUCAUGGCCUCUCUGGUCUAUUACCUGCCUGCUGACAGCGGUGAGAAAAUGACCCUGUCCAUCUCUGUGCUUUUGGCCCAGUCUGUGUUCUUGCUGCUGAUCUCACAACGUUUACCAGAGACCUCCAUGGCAGUUCCCUUAAUUGUCAAGUAUCUUAUGUUUAUCAUGGUCCUGGUCACUGUGGUGGUGCUGAACUGUGUGAUCGUGCUGAAUCUCCACUUCCGGACCCCCAGCACCCAUGUCAUGACUCAGUGGACCAAGGAUUUCUUCCUAGAGAAACUGCCUCGCUGGUUGCAUAUGUCCCGUCCGGAUGAGAGCGAGCCCAGUUGGGAGGGGGCUCUGCCGCGGCGCUCCAGCUCUGUGGGUUACAUUGCUAAGGCUGAGGAAUACUACAGCGUCAAGUCCCGCAGUGAGCUGAUGUUUGAAAAGCAGUCUGAGAGACAUGGCCUGACGACCCGUCCAACACCAACAGCAGCAUUCAAGUCCGGCAACGACAACGAAGUGAAUGAGCAGUUGUACAAUGAGAUGAAGCCAGCGGUGGAGGGAGCCAAUUACAUCGUCAAGCACAUGCAUAACAAGAACGACUAUAAUGAAGAAAAGGACAACUGGAGCGGGAUUGCCCGAACAGUGGACCGGCUCUGUUUCUACAUAGUGACUCCCAUUAUGACUCUAGGAACCAUCUGCAUAUUCCUGAUGGGUAUCUACAACCACCCUCCUCCUCUGCCUUUUGAGGGAGACACCUUCACCUACAGAGAAGCAGACAAACGCUUUGUAUGAUCCCAUUGUUUCUCAUGACUAGUGUAGCUGCAGCUACAUCAAAGCAGAAAUAUUUCAUUUACAUUUUCCUCUAAAUGAGUUUUCUGACUUUUUGCAUGAUGUAAUCUGAAUUUGUGGUUUCUUAACAAUAUGUAUGUUAAGUAUUUACAGUGAAUAAAUUUACAUGAACUUUC